AUCUGAUGAGUCUGAAACAGAUGCUGGAGAAACUGGGAGUGCCGAAGACUCACCUGGAGGUGAAGAAGCUGAUAGCUGAGGUGACAGGGGGCAGCAGCGAGACCAUCUCCUACCGGCACUUUGUCACCAUGAUGCUUGGCAAACGUUCAGCCAUCCUCCGAAUAAUCAUGAUGUUUGAAGGGAAGAGUGAGGCUGAGGGUGUGAAACCUGUGGGCCCUCCCACCAAGAGAGACAUCUCCAGCCUCCCCUAACUUCCCCCACCCCCCAGCUGGACGAGGGGGCCCUGGAGACGAAGACGGUGCUGCCUUUGCUUUGUAACUAAUCCAGUUUCACGCUUCAUGCUGACCCGGGGAACGGGUGGGGGGGUUGGGGGGAAGAGGGGCAUUAAGAGUGAAAGGAACCCAUUGCUGGUCCUGUCAAUAAAGAUCCCACAGACUGGGCUCCUGUUCCUGAGUUGGUGCCGUGCAGAUCUCCCACGGCUGGAUUUGCUGCUGCCCAUGUUCUGUAUUCCCAGCAGAACCUGAUGACCAGCAUCCUGAGGAUGCUGCUGGUGUCCACUCGGGGUCUCCCACCCCCCCCCGAAUCAGGGGGCCCUGGGUUCAACAAUGACUCUAUAACGAGGAGAAGGGGAGGAAGCUGGAGAUCAGAGUCGAAGAGUGUGU